AUGUUCCAUAAGAUUUCUCCUGAACAUUUAGCACCUACAGCUUCAAUAUCAUCAUCACCUAUAUUACCAUCAACUUCAUCACCAUCUAAUCAACUCUUAUUUGCUAUAUUAAACGAUUCAUCAUCGAAUUCAACGAAUAAUUAUGAACAAAGAACUAAUUCAUUUAAAAAGCGAAAUAUACAAGAAGGAGGGUCGUCAUCUUCAUCUUCCUCUGUAUCCUCAUCAUCGAUUCAUUAUAAUCCAUAUAUUGUACCACCGAUGAGGAAUAAAUAUGAUCUUCGUUCAACAGCACCUGUUUUGUAUGAUUUGUUAUCAGAAGAAAGCGAUAUUAUUGAUAAUAAAACGGAUUUCAAUAAUGAUUAUUCAAAUUCAUCUAUUUUAUCUAAUUCUUCUUAUAAUGCAUUCCCUCUACUAACACCAUUUGAUCAAUUAUCAAUGGCAUAUUUUACUGAAUUUAUAAAUCAAAAUUAUAUACCAAAUGUUUUAAAAACAUUUCCUAUGCAAACAUAUACGGAAAAUACUAAAAUAAUUAUACCGCAAACUACUUCUAGUGUCGAGAUCCCUAUGACUUUAACUUUACUUUAUACUUUAACAUACUAUCAUACCCCGUUGUACCCUAUUGUUAUUUACCCAUUAAUAUCCCAGGAAAUAUGA